AUGCAGCAUACAAAUUCCAAAAGAAUUAAAAAACUAAUCUUACAGAAGAGAAAUAAGAUCUAUUUACUUCGAAAAAAUAUUAAAAUAACUAGAUUUAGCAAUAAACUUAAUUAUAAGAAAUUAGAAUUAUUUAAAAUCUUGCAACAGAUUUUCUUAAUUAAUUAUAAGUUAGUAUUAUCUUAUAGAAUAAGAAUAUAC